GACCUUUCCGGGCUCUGAACGCCAAGUGCCGAACCCGAGCUGAGGCAUGGAGCCUGUCCUGAGCUUAAUAGAUGCCAUCUGUACCUUGCAGACUAUAAGACUAAGUAUAAGUGGUGAGCUGGAGUGUCGUUGCGGGGACACUUUCGAGCGUAGUCAGCAACCACCACAAGACGAGAUUGAGUGACAUCAGCGAUGACGGAGACGCAAUCGAGAGGUAUAAGAUGAGGCGAGAGAAGGGAGAGGAUGCUAGACACAGACAACGCUUGCUAUGUCCAACAUCAAGGAUGGACAAUUCUCUGCACAAGACAUUGGCGACCAGCACCAGUCGUCGACCACGACAGGCCUCGAGAAGGAGAUGAAGCCGUCGUCUGAGUCUACCAAGCUAGAAUCGCCCGAGGGCAUGAGGGAGUACACUCCAGCCAAUAAGCUCCACGGACGCUCUGCACUGAUAACGGGCGGAGAUUCAGGCAUUGGACGCGCCGUCGCUGUGCUGUAUGCACGCGAGGGAUGCCACAAGAUAUCUAUUGUCUAUCUGGAGGAGGAACAGGAGGAUGCUGAAGAAACGAAGCGCAUGGUGGAGAAGGAAGGUGGUACGUGUCUGCUGAUGCCUUUUGACUUGACGCACUUUAAGGAAACGAAGCACCUGAUUGACAAGCACAUGGAGACAUAUGGCCACCUCAACAUCCUGGUCAACAAUGCUUCGAAGCAGAUUUCAUGCAAGCACGUUGCCGACUUGGACCUGGACAUGGUUGAGUCGACAUUUGCCAGCAACAUCUUGCAGAUGAUUGCCCUGACCAAGUUUGCCGUGCCGCACAUGAAGCGCGGCGAUGUGAUUCUCAACACAACAUCAGUGACGGCGUAUCGUGGCAGUGGCCAGUUUCUCGACUAUGCCGCUACAAAAGGUGCUAUUGUCUCGUUCACGCGUGGUCUUGCUAGCCAGUUGACGGGGGAGACUGGGAUUCGCGUCAAUGCUGUUGCUCCUGGUCCUGUGCACACGCCGUUGCAGCCUGCCUCUCGCCCGGCCGAGCAGAUGAGCAGCUUUGGUGAGGGUACGAUGUUUGGGCGUCCUGCUCAGCCCUCAGAGAUUGCUCCGUCGUAUGUGUUUCUGGCGUCUGCUGAAGCCUCGAUGUUCACUGGUCAGGUGCUGCACCCGAAUGCCGGUGAGAUUUUGAACACGUAGCUGGUGUCUAGUUGUCUAUAGCAAGCCUGGUUGUGACUGCGUGUUGCCGCUUCUUUCCGGGAUAGUUCCGGCCAGCCAAUCAGCGUGCAGCAGC